GUUUUUCUUAUCCACCUACAUGUUUAGCAUUCACCACGGCGUGCCAAACUCACAGUGACUGUGAAACCCUGCUUACCUGCCGAACAUUUUUCUUCGGUUUCCUGCCCUUUGAUUUCUCGCCAUACUUCAAUUUGUUUCCUUUUGGUUUCUAUAUUCCUGAAAACACAAAACCCAUUUCACUUCUCCUCAACCAAAACCUUUUUUUGAAUUGAAGGAAACAUGUAAAGAAGGAAAAGAAUGCCCCUUUUUUCCUCCUUUAAUGCAUCCACCCUCCAUUCAGCACGGCCCCAAAUCUACAAAACUCGGUUCUCCUGUCAAUCCGUCAGACAAAUCCAGGAGAGAGAGAUUCAAACCCAUUACAGCUUUGCAACAGACAAGUGUUGAAACCACUAAAGCAUCAUCCUUUAGAAGCAAAAACCCAAAAGAUAUUAAUAUUCUGGCGGUGGGUUCAACUGGAUAUACUGGAGAAUUUGUAGUUCAUCAGCUGGUUGAUUGGGGUUCAAUGUUAUAGCCAUUGCGAGGGAGAGGAGUGGAAUCAGGGGUAGGAAUAGUAAAGAAGAUACCUUGAAUGAAUUCCAGGGACCUAAUGUGUUUUUCUCAGAUGUUACCAGUUUGGGUACUUUGGAGAAAUCUUUGCAGGAAUUAGGUUUGUCAUUUGAUGUUGUUGUGUCUUGUAUUGCUAGCCGGACUGGUGGUGUUAAGGAUUCCUGGAAAUUUGACUAUGAGGCAACAAAGAAUAGUCUUCUUGCAGGUAGGAAAUUAGGGGCAUCACAUUUUGUGUUACUUUCUGCUAUAUGUGUGCAAAAGCCCCUUCUUGAAUUUCAGCUAGCAAAGCUGAAAUUUGAGGCUGAAUUGAUGAAAGAAGCUGAAUUAGAUAAUGGAUUCACCUAUAGCAUUUUGAGGCCAACUGCAUUCUUUAA